UUUCUAUUGAACAGUUAAACCGACUAAUAAGCUACUUUCCUGCGGGACUACAUGUUAGUCGCAUGGCGGACAUUGGCUUGACAAGACGUACGGUACGGAAGUUCCCGAGUACGACCGACUGAUUGCGAAAGCCUUCAGAAACAACAACCGUCGGCCCUUCCUAAAGGAAGAUCUGUGUGCUGUGAUUUAUCACUCAGGGGGCCGAAACACGCGCAACAACGGACAACCCCACAGGACCGGGGGGUGCUUCUCGUGUCUCGGGAGGAAGGGACGAUAUUCGCUCCCUAUCCGCUGAGCAACGCUGGAUCCCUCCUUCAACUGUUAGACGCGAUGCACUCACCCCAGAAAGCAGAAAUGAUCUCAUCUUUAGAAAGGUGCGGGGUAUUCUUAAUAAGCUUACGCCGGAAAAGUUCGCAAAGCUGAGCAGCGACCUGCUCAAUGUUGAGCUUAAUUCUGAUGUGAUUCUCAGAGGUGUCAUUUUUUUGAUCUUUGAAAAAGCACUUGAUGAACCCAAGUACAGUUCUAUGUACGCACAGCUGUGCAAACGGCUGUCUGACGAAGCUGCAAACUUUGAACCACGAAAAGCACUCAUUGAAAGUCAAAAAGGCCAAAGCACAUUCACAGUUCUUCUUCUUAACAAGUGCAAAGACGAAUUUGAAAAUCGUUCAAAGGCAAGCGAGGCAUUCGAAAAUCAGGAUGAACUUGGCCCAGAGGAAGAGGAACGCCGACAGGUGGCUAAGCGCAAAAUGCUUGGUAACAUUAAAUUCAUCGGAGAACUGGGAAAAUUGGGAAUCGUAUCGGAAACGAUUUUACAUCGUUGCAUCCAGCAACUAUUGGAGAAGAAAAGGCGAAGGAGAUCCAGGGGGGAUACUGCCGAGGAUAUCGAAUGCCUUUGUCAAAUCAUGCGUACCUGCGGCCGUAUCCUUGACUCGGAUAAAGGCCGCGGACUUAUGGAUCAAUAUUUCAAUCGUAUGAACUCCUUAGCUGAGAGCAGAGAUCUUCCUCUACGCAUCAAGUUUAUGCUGCGUGAUGUCAUUGAGCUACGCCGUGAUGGCUGGGUACCGCGUAAGGCUACCAGCACUGAAGGUCCAAUGCCAAUUAAUCAAAUUCGCAGUGAUAAUGAAGAGUCUUCGAGGGGAAAUGGCUUCCAUAGACGUGAGGAUCGCCUCGGAGCUGAAUUUUUAAGAAAAAUGGGACGUAGCGGAUUAGACAUGGAUAUGAUGGGAAGUAUACCAUUGACUUCUCCAUCGUUCGGCAUGCCAUCCCCAUUCAGCCCUAACGGAUUCUCUGGAUCUUCCGGGGUUACUUAUGGCCGUCACAAUCAACGUAACCAGCCGGGUUACUAUCAGAAUCGUAACCAAAACAACUAUCAAGGAAAACACAAUCAACAGCAACAUAAUUCACCACAAAACUUCAAUAACAAUAGCAAUAAAGAACAAUUACGCUUCAAUAAAAAUAAGAUGUUGAUUGGACAUCCAGAAGAAGUAUCACUAAGACCAUCAGCUAAUUCUAUGAUGUUUAAACAAACCAACAUCAAUCCCAACCUACCUCUCAACAGUGAUCUGUUCACAGGACGAGCAUCGGAAUUACCUCUUCUACGUACUAGCACAUUAAAACCCAGCUCGCCAUUAUUGCACAAGGAAUUGUCACCAGCAAUCGUAAUAAAACAAGGUCCUGUAGAUAAACGAGAAAAAGCUCGUGAUAGAAAGGACAAAGGAACCUCUAGAGAAGAGAUACUGAAAAAAGUGAACUCUUUGAUGGACGAUCUUGCUUCUCAUACGAAUAUACAGGACGCAAUAACAGCUUUUCAAGAUCUUAAAAUACCUGAACGAUUUUUACGUCAUGCAGUUUAUACGUUAUAUUCUAAUACAUUAGACCGUGGAGAUUCUGAGCGUGAACUCGCAGCUAAACUUGUAGUUGAAUUGGAGAAAGCAGACAUGAUUACCGUACAGCAGAUACAUGAGGGAUGGAAAGAACUAGUAUCCAAUAUUCCAGAAAAAGAGAGUACUGUGCCUUGUGUAGCUUCUCACGUUGCCUUCUUAACAGCCAAGGCUAUUGUGGAUAAUUUAAUUCAAUUAACCGAUCUGGUUGCUGUGACAGAAAACGGUCAGCAUCAUCCGUUGUUUUUACUUACACUUCAGCAGUUACAUAAAAGCCAAGGCAAAGCAAGACUCACACAGAUCUUUAACGAGAGCAAGGUGAAUCUUAUUAGCCAACUACCUGAAGCAGACAAAACAAAAGAGAGACUUGCGGAGAUCUUGGAGGACAGAGAGUUGACUUUCCUUUAUCCACUUCUUAAGAUCCAGGGAGAUAUAUGGCGUCAAUUAGAAUAUGACCCAAAUCCUAAUACUCUUUACAAAUGGAUCAAAGAAAAGCUAGAACCUUCGCAUCAUUCUGAUUCAGAGUUUAUUAACGCAUUGAUGAACGUUCUUCUGAAAUACAUUACACAUGAAACAAUACUGGCACCUGGGGUUGAUCCUUCUAGUGUAGGAAAAUCAGUAAUAGAUAAGGAAAAAGCAUUACUGGAAAAAUAUGCACGUUUGAUGCGUUUACUCUUCGUCGAUAUAGAGUCUCAAGUGACUGCUCUCCAUGCACUUCAAGCAUUUUGGUUCUCGCACAAUUUUCCAAAAGGGAUGCUAUUGCGAUGGUUUGAUGGACUUUAUCGAUUAGAAGUGAUUGAAGAAGAUGCCUAUUUCAAAUGGAAAGAAUGUGUUACUGAUGCUUAUCCGGGCAAGGGUAAAGCAUUAUUUGAGGUCAACAGUUGGUUAACAUGGUUAGAUACUGCAUCAACAGAAGAGGAAAGUGAUGAUCAUAACGACGAUGAAGACAACAAUAAAAAUUACAGAAUGCAAAAACUGUGAGAACAAUACGUUCUUCCAGUUACCUAUAAUUUGGAAUAGGGUUUUGCUAUCUAUAUUACUGGACCAGGCGGUUUCAGUUUACUAAUUGAGUUGUCUCCAUCUAUUGCCACAAACAUCUUGUUAGUCUGUGUCAAGCCCUCGUUCAAAGAAGAUGAAGAAGACAAAGAAGAAAAGGACUUUACAAUCAUGUCCACAAAAAAAAAAAAAUACGGAAAACAUAGUUUGCAACCCAUCGAGUGGUUUGCAGCAGACUUUCUAAGGAAGAAGUUUUAGAAUGUUUUAGAUAAUUGAAUAUUGAUAUGAUUUGUUAUCAUAUUGGGCCAGCAGAUGUAUCAACAUUCGCCGCUGUAUGAACAUCGGUGCAGAAAGAAACAAGAAAAAAAUUAGUCUGGUGAUUUGUGUUGUCAAAGUUUUUGUCUAGUAUUGUGCAUGUGUCACGUUUUUGUAAGUCUUUUUGUCCGCGUCACCAGCGAGUCGCUUGUUAUUUCUGUGUACCAGCUUUUACAUUUAUUAUGAGGAAUUAUUAUCUAUUAUUAACUAUUAUAUUAUUAUUACUAUUAUAUAAUU